AUGGGGCUUGGAGGUGGCGUGGGAGGAGGUGCCAGUAGAGGCGGUGGCCUUGGAGGUGGUGUCGGUAUAGGUGGCGGGCUUGGUGGUUUUGGAGGAGGUAAGGGUGGUGGUUUCGGCGGCGGCAAAGAUGGAGGCUUUGGUGGUGGACUUGGUGGAGGUGGAGGUGCAAGUGGUGGUGAUGGUGGCAACUUUGGAGGAGGUAAUGGUGGUGGUUUCGGUGGCGGCAAUGGUGGUGUUUUCGGUGGUGGAGUAGGCAGAGGCGCGGGUGGUGGGCUCGGAGGAGGUAAAGGUGGCGGAUUUGGCUCAGGCGUGGGUGGCGGAGCAGGCGGUGGGUUUGGUAGUGGUGGUGGUGCACGCGGAGGCUUCGGUGGUGGAGCAGGUGUCAGAGGUGUUGGUGGUGGUAUCGGUGGUGGACAUUAA